AUGGGCCCCUUGGUGCGGGUGUUCUGUGGCAUGAAUGACUUGGGAUCGGCUGGGUUUUGGGCUGUUUUUAUUAAACCAUGCGCUUUGCAUCCACUGGGCCCUAUGCGUUGUGACUCCUACUGGGCAGUUUGGCUAGGGCUAUAUUGGAAGAUCUCCCUCUGGCCUUUCGUGACGCGUCCAGCCAUACUAAUGGGCGACCAACCUCCUGACAUGGCAGGCUACAACCGCUCUGCCGAUGUGGCUGAUGGGACAUGUCGGAACGCAGUGAACUUGGUGCCUGGAGAGUGCGCCAAGACGACGUACAAAACCUAUCUACAUGGCCAGGGGUGUUUUAUAUCCGAUGUUGUGACUCUGUCGGGAAAUGUCCAAGAGCUAGCCGAUUGCAUAGAAGUUGCGCCACAACUACCACCCUCGAGCAAGAUGAACGCUCCCGUCAAGGCAUCAACCACCAGAAAAGGGUACAUUCCGCCCCUGGAAAGCCACGUCACCAGUUCCCCGACCGAGCCUCCUCGACGUACGAGACCUGGCGGCCGUGACUCACGAUUCCACGUCAAGGAUAGAACUGGAACAUGUCUGCGGCGUUGGUUUGACUACUGA